CGAGGAGGACACGUUGCGAGUAUCCCUCCGCGGCGGCGCGAGCGAGCGAAUCGGCUUUGGCGGGAAGGCCGCUUCACCGCCUCCGCCGCCUCGCUAUCUCUCGCGGCUCCGACCGUGUAUCGGUCCGAGAAAAAAAUAUAAUCCGGGCUGUUUUCGUUCCGUGAAUUCGUUCGUUCGUUCGUCGUUCCCCCGAAACCUCGGCAUUAAUUCGUUCAGCUCGGCACCGAUGGCGCGCGGUUUGUAUUUUUUUGAAAAUGUGGUUAAAAAAAAUAACAAAAAAGUAGUGCGGUAAGACGGCUUCCCUCAGGCAUCCAAGUCCGCGUCUCUUGAGUUGGAAGUCAAGAAGAUAGUGUUGAAGAUGGUGAUGGGGGUGAUGGGGGUGAUGGGGGUGGUGAUGACGUCACACUAACCAGAGACUCGAGCAACUAAAAGAGACUGCAGUGAUGCCGUCACCGCCACCUCGUCGCCCCCGCCGCCUUCGUCUGCUGCACCUUGUAGCCAUCAUCAGCGGAGUCUUCACCCUCGCACUCUGGCUGCUGAUGGGCUGCGGGCCGGACCCAGCCGCUGGACAGCGCGGAGGAGGUGGAGGAGGUGGAGGAGGUGGAGGAGGUGGAGGAGGUGGAGGAGAGAUGAGGAGGAGGAGGGGGGAAGGAAGAUAUAUGAACGACACUGACAAGGCGGUGAGCCACCUCUACCAAGAUGACGAUGGGGUGGAGCUGGCAGCAGCGGAGGAGGAGGAGGAGGAGGCGGUGGAGGAGGUGGACGACUUCAGGGGUGGUGGUGGACCUCUGUCAUGGGGACCACACGUGCUGUCCGUGCUCGUUCCGUUCCGCGGGCGGUGGGAGCAGCUGCUCGUGAUGGUUCCUCACCUCCACCGAUUCCUCCGGGCACAGCGAGUCAGACACCACAUCCUGGUCGUGCACCAGCUGGACACGCUGCGCUUCAACCGGGCUGCCCUCAUCAACGCAGGCUUCCUGCUGAGUCCGAAUCACAGCGACUACGUCGCCAUGCAUGACGUUGACCUGUUACCCCUCAACCCGGCGUUGAACUAUGGCUUCCCGGCACGGGGGCCCUUCCACGUGGCUGCUCCGCAUCUUCACCCCCUCUACCACUACCCCACUUUCGUCGGCGGCAUUCUGAUCAUCACCAAGGAACACUACCGCAAGUGCAAUGGACUGUCAAAUCGAUUCUGGGGAUGGGGUCGUGAAGAUGAUGAAUUCUACAAGAGGAUGAUGGAGGCAGGGUUAGAGGUGUUCAGGCCGCAGGGCCUGUCCAGCAGUAGAGAGAACACGUUCAGGCACCUUCACGACCCCAAACAGCACAAACGUGAUCAGCGCAGAGUGGGGGACCAGAAGAAGGCCCAGUUCAGCAGGGACCGUGUCACUGGGGUGUCCUCGCUGAGCUUCACGCUCGAGUCCAGCCGCACGCUGCGUGUGGACGGAGCUCCUUGCACGGUGCUGGGGGUCACCCUUCACUGUGACCCCGAGGUCACUCCCUGGUGCCUCACUCCAGCUGACUGAGACACACACCUAGUGUCUGUGUGAGUGUCUGUGUGUGUGUCACUGUGUGUCUGUGUGUGUGUCUGUGUGUGUCACUGUGUGUGUGUGUGUGUGUCACUGUGUGUCUGUGUGAGUGUCUGUGUGUGUUAGUGUGUCUGUGUGUGUCACUGUGUGUGUGUGUCACUGUGCGUGUGGACGGAGCUCCUUGCACGGUGCUGGGGGUCACCCUUCACUGUGACCCCGAGGUCACUCCCUGGUGCCUCACUCCAGCUGACUGAGACUCACACCUAGUGUCUGUGUGAGUGUCUGUGUGUGUGUCACUGUGUGUGUGUGUGUGUCACUGUGUGUCACUGUGUGUGUGAGUGUCUG